AUGGCAACAAUGGCUUCCAAAGCUUUGCUCCUCCUUUUCAUUUGCUUCUUAUCAUUUUCAUCUUCCAUUUUAGCAGAAUUCGUUAAAGUUUCAGUGAAAGGAGUGACCACCAUUGCUGAAACUGAUAACGAUUUCAUUUGUGCUACUUUGGAUUGGUGGCCUUCUAAUAAAUGCGAUUAUGGCCAAUGCCCAUGGCGAAAAGCUGGCAUCCCCAAUUUGGAUCUUCAGAAUGUUAUCUUGUCCAAGGCAAUCAAGGAGUUCAAUCCUUUGAGAAUCCGAGUUGGUGGAUCACUUCAAGAUCAAAUCAUUUACAGAGUUGGAAGCUCAGUGAAGAAGUGUCCUCAAAUGAAGAAACAGAGUGAUGGUUUGUUUGGGUUUAGCAAAGGUUGUUUGACUAUGGAAAGAUGGGAUGAUCUUAGUGAGAUAUUCAACAAAACAUCAGCUCGGAUAACGUUUGGUUUGAAUGCUCUGAUGGGUAAAACACCAGCAAAUGAUGGAAGUAUUAACUGGGUUGGUGAUUGGGAUCCUCGUAAUGCUCGAGAUUUCAUUCGAUACACUGCCUCUAAAGGAUACAAAAUCGAUUCUUAUGAACUGGGAAAUGAGCUUUGUGCAAGCGGAGUGUCGGCAAGGGUUGAGCCAGAUCAAUAUGGUAAAGAUGUGAGUCUAAUGAGAAAAGUAGUUGAAGAAGUUUAUCCUGAUCCCAACAACAGACCCAAAAUUCUUGGACCAGCUGGUUUCUUUGACAAAGAAUGGUUCACAACUUUCCUUCAAAACACUGCCCCAAAUGUUGUGGAUGGAGUCACUCACCAUAUUUACAAUCUUGGAGCAGGUGUUGAUCCUACUCUUAUAAAUAAGGUUCAAGACCCUUAUGUUUUGGACCAAAUUGCUCAAACUUUUAAGGAAGCUAUGGAAGUUUCACAGAGCUUUGGGCCAUGGUCUAAGCCUUGGGUUGGUGAAUCUGGUGGUGCUUAUAACAGUGGUGGAAAAACUGUUUCUCAUACUUUUGCCAAUGGAUUCUGGUAUUUGGAUCAAUUGGGGAUGACUGCCACAUUUAAUCAUCAGGUUUAUUGUAGACAAGCCUUGAUUGGUGGAAAUUAUGCUUUACUUAAUACCACUUCUUUUAUCCCUAAUCCUGAUUAUUAUAGUGCUCUGUUAUGGCACAGAUUAAUGGGAAAGAAGGUCCUCUUAGCAUCCCACGACAGCUCCCCAUACCUUCGCGUUUAUUCGCACUGCACCAAAAACAAUGAAGGUGUUACAGUUGUUCUAAUCAACAUGUCAAAUUCGACAACUUUUGAUGUAAAUAUUGUGAACGACAGAAAUGUUUAUCCAAAUUUCAUAGGAAGCAAAUUAAAGGCAAGAGAGGAGUAUCAUUUAACUCCCAAAGACGGCAAUAUUCAAAGCGAUGUCAUGCUUUUAAAUGGAAGUCCUCUUCAACUUACUCCAACGUUGGACAUUCCCGACAUGUCGCCCAAGCUCGUUGAUCCCACGUCCGCUGUGUCGGUUGCUCCUGAUUCUUACGUCUUUGUCUCCAUCAAAGACUUCAAAGCUUCUGCAUGCGCAUAGGUUUUAGAUUUUGCAUUUCAAGGUAGUUAGGUUAGGAG